AUGACGGCAGUAACUUUCCGUCAAUAUCCAAUGACAAUGGCAAUCUGUAAGUGGAUAGGAUACAGCUUGAAAGAUGUGUCACUCAGGACAUUGUUAACACCUUCAAAACAACAUGACAGAAAUGACACUGCAGAAAAAAUAAUUUGCUUUCAUGAGUAUUGGCCUGAGAUUCUUGUCAGGCUUUGAGGUUCUCUCUCUCUGUGUGUGUGUGUGUGUGUGUGUGUGUCUGUGUCUGUGUCUGUGUCUGUGUGUGUGUGUGUGUGUGUGUGUGUGUGUGUGUGUCUGUGUGUGUGUGUGUGUGUGUGAGUGGUUAAUGGGUGUUAAUAUAAUUAACAUGUGUGUGGUGUUUUGGGUGUUUACUGUCAUCAGACACAGCUGUUGGUAGUAAGGAGAUUAUUUUGUUAAGACGUAUGUAUGUGUGUGUUAGAUCUACCUUUGGCUCCAGCUCUCCUUCAAAUUCCUCUUCCCACUGUCUCUAUGUGUGUCUGUCUCCAGCAACACUUUCACACACAGUUACAGUAGCGAUACAACACAUACUUUGUUAACCUGAGAGUCAGAGCAGAACAGAACAUGGCCUUUUUCUAACAGAGAGAAGAGAAAUACCUGGAACCUACAGUAUAUGAAUGCUGCCUUAGUUUUAUUAGCAAUGUCUCGACUGAUGAAGACCCUUAGUGGUUGAAGCGAUGCUGAUAUAUCUAAACUGCAUGAUAUUUUUUCCUAUGGCUUUUUUACGUAUGUGUGUGCAUGCGUACGUGUGUGCGUGGGGCGUGUGUGUGUGUUUAAAGGGAGGGGUCAGGUAUUCCUAUCAGGACUGAGUUUCUGGACUAGGUCCCUGGUGUGUCCCUGGUAGUCUGGUCCCUGUAUACACACACACAGUAUUCCUGAUAUGUGGAUGUGUCGCACUGUGUGCUCAGAGCAUUCCAUCACUGGUUUCCACAGGGACUGACUGGCAGUAACUUCCUAAGAAUCGAUCUUCCCAACCACACUCUCAGUGUAUGUGUGUGUGUGUGUGUGUGGUGUGUGUGUAAUUUGUGUCAGCCUGUUGUUUCAGCUGAGGUCUUUCUUUUGCAUUUUAACGGCUCUUUGGGGGCAAGUCUUUAAUUGCACUUGCGCUCUCUCGCUCUCUCGCCCUCUCUCUCUCGCCCUCUCUCUCUCUAUCUCUCUCUCUCUCUCUGACAGUGCACAGGGGACACACAGCCAUUGGUUGUUUGAGUUAAUGAAUAGAUUAAUAAAUGAACACACACAGGGAAAACCCAUCAUCCUAAGUGCCUUCUCUGUGUGUGUGUGUGUGUGUGUGUGUGUGUGUGUGUGUGUGUGUGUGUGUGUGUGUGCAUGCAUGCAUGCCUGCGUGUGUGUUCUUGCUAUUCUUUGUAGUACAUUUCAAACAGCUGAUUGUCCAUUCCAUUUCCCAGUGUUGAGCAACAAGAGAGUGAUAUGAGAGAAAGGAGAAUGUUAAAGGUGAAAGAUAGCAUAGAGGAAAGGGAAUGGUGACAUGUUUGUGUUUGCAUGGAGGUAAAGGGGGGAUUUAGGCGUGUAUUUGACAUUUCCUUAAGUUUAUGAAGUGUGUGUGUGUGUGUGUGUGUGUGUAGCACCAUCUUGUCAUUGUCACACGGCAUAUGUAUUGUCUUAAGGUCUCUCUCAUAGUUUAAAGUGGAAGAGGAGGAGACAGAAAAGAGGGAAAGGUGGAUAGAGAAAGAGAGUGAUGGUUAGAGAGGGACUGAAGGGUCAGCUCAGGAUAGCUGAAGAGUGGAGCGAGGGCUCUAUAUGUUAUCUACACAGACACUUUCAGAGUGAACCUUUCUGCUCUCAGUGCACACACACAUACACACAUACACACACUUCAGGUAAGAAGGUGAGGAGAGAUAAGAACAGUGUGUGUGUGUGUUUGUGCAUUUGUGUGUGCUCUGAGCUUAUGGGAGAUAACUUUUUGUCCGCAGUGGAGGGGGACCAGGGUCGAUCAGAGUGUCUGAUUGGUUGUUGCUCCAGAUCGUCUUUAAUCUCUCUCCUGACUGGCUGCUCAGUGGCCAGGGCUCCUGAGUGUCACUAUGGCGAUAAGAGAGUGACAGGCUGGCAGUGGUCAUCAGCAGGUCAUCUAGAAACAUCCUCAGUGUUUUAUUUCUCUCUCACACACACACACACACACACACACACGCACACGCACGCACACACGCACACACACACACACACACACACACACACACACACACACACACACACACACACACACACACACUAUAUCAAGGUCUCUAAUGUCUCUCUCUCUCCAGGAGAUUGCAGCGUAUCUGAUCACAUUUGAGAAACAUGAAGAAUGGCUGACGACAUCACCCAAGACCAGGUAAAACACACACACACGCGCGCACACACACUAAUGUAUGGUAACACAUGCAGAACAUACUCAAUACCUUUACUAUCUAGAAGUGUGAGAAUGUUAAAUUAUAAAAUCCUAGUCAGCUAUAAAUGUUGCAUUAACGAAUGUAAAUGUAUGAUGAUAAGUGAUGUAUAAUUCAGGUUUUAUGGGGGACGUGUGUGUUUAAGGGUGAGGUUAGUAGGAUUUCACAUCUGAAAUUGAAUAUGCAUAAGCAUAACUGCAAUCGAGAGAGAGAGAGAGAGAGAGAGAGAGAGAGAGAGAGAGAGAGAGAGAGAGAGAGAGAGAGAGAGAGAGAGAACUUCAUUCACAGACUGCAGUAUAUGUCAAAUCAUUAUCUCCUAACCAUAGACCCCUAAUCUCAAAACACUGUGAUGUAGAUCUGAAGGGAUUGAUUAGAUGUAAGGACAAUUUGUCAACUUCCAUCAGAGGUCGAGGUGGAGCUAUUACCAUAUAGUCUAUAUCAAUUUAAUCAUAUGCCUAGGCCUAGGGGAUAUGCGCAAUGGGUCGAUCUGGGAUUGGGUAACUCUCACAUUCGGCUGAGUUUUAAUCCAGUUAACAUCUGACUGGAGAUCUGCCUGCAGCCAGCUGCUAGAUUUAUGAUAAUUGGUUAUGACACUCCCAGGCCUAGCAGUCUGAUGGAUGACAGCUAUCGACAGUCACAUUAAUCCAUUCAAUUUAGAACACAUAGUGAAAUGGAGCCAGAUUAUGGUAGAUUACAGCUAAUCCCACUGGUCUGGGGUUGGGGUUUGGGUUUGGGUGAACUAUAUGCUGCGUUAUACAUUAUGUACUACAAGCCUUGAGUUUUCCAUGACCUGACUUAGAAAAACACUGGAUCCUAUUGUAUGCAGAGUUUUUUCUGCAUAGAAAAGUCUUAGGCGGGCUGAUUACAGUUUUUUACAAUCACUUUGGCACUAAUUUCAGAACCUUGACGUCAUUUUUCAAAACUCUAGACACAAAACUCAAAACGGUCAUCACUUGUAACACAGGCUGUCCAAUGUUCAAAACAUUGCAUUGUGCAUUCAUAUCUUUAAAGAAAUCUUGCACUUGCACAAUCAUUGGUUCAAAAAACAAAUUUAUUGUGAAAUACCAAUGAAACGUUAAUUUAGAUCACCCACACACAAGCAACCGAUAGUUUCACUGUGUCAUUGUUCGUACGAUCAUUAAAUAUUGUAGUACAAAAUAGGUGAUACAUGUUUCAUUAUGGUACUACAUGUAAAUACAUCCCUGUAAAAGUACUGCAGUAGUAGAGAGAAUACUACAGAUACAGUGGAAUCAUUGAACAAAAUCUGAAACAUAUUGAUGAAAAACAAUACAUUACUGUAAAACAUCAAAUGCAGUGUUCCUCAACUUGCUUGCUUGUACUGUAAAAAGCAAAACAUAGGAGUGAUUACUGUACUUCUACAUUUUCAUCAACUCUGUCUUGUGGUUUUGGCCACAGGUUCUCAUCUACAUCACAAUGGAUGUUUUCAUUAGCCAAACAUCUUGGAAAAAACCUUUGGCCAUGGCGAAUCCAGGCCUGACACUGGUCUGCCGUGAUGUCAUUGCAUGCGUCAUCCAUGGCCUGGAGAGAGUGAGUUGUUCAUGAGGGCGCCUAUCAUAAACCUUCCAUCUCCAUGUGGAGAAAAAUUCCUCAAUCGGGUUAAGGAAAGGAGAGUAUGGGGGUAAAUACAGGGUGGUAAAUUGUGCAUGGGCCUGAAACCAUGCUUGCACCAUAUGAGCAUGGUGGAACCUGACAUUAUAAUAAUAUAUAAUAUAAUAUGCCAUUUAGCAGACGCUUUUAUCCAAAGCGACUUACAGUCAUGCUGCAUAUUUUUUUUGUAUGGGUGGUCCCCGGAGAUCGAACCCACUACCUUGGCGUUACAAGCGCCGUGCUCUACCAGCUGAGCUACAGAUGGAUGACAGCUAUCGACAGUCUGAUGGAAGUUGACAAAUUAUCCCACACAAUGACAUAGGUCCGCCACAGCUCUACAGGCUGAUCCAGGCUCAUCAGGAAGGUUACAAGCGGGACCAUAGAAACGGUGUCUGAUAAAGAAUGAUGAUGAAAUAUUACAUCCAUAGAUAAUGUAGUCUAAUUGGUUCAUGCUCCACGCUAAUUGGUGACAAUGAAUCUCGUUACUUUGAAACUUUCAUGAUCUAAACAUGGAAUAUUGUUUGUCUGUUUCCAUACAACUAUGCAUUAAGAGCAAUGCAACAGUUACUUAUCAUUUAUGAGCAGUUGUAUCAAUUGAUAGUUGGAUAAUUGUAAUGAAAUGAAUAGACACUCAUCUGAAAUGUAAUGUGUGAAUUGCCUUUUGAAAUAGUAGUACUUUGAUGUUAAGUUGUGUCAUAUUGAACAGGUGACUUUUGUUAAAUGAACAAAUGAUCUUAGUUUUAUGUGUAUUGUAUCCAAGCAAUUGUAAAAAGUGUUAGAGUUUUGAAAAAUGUGCAUUUUGAUCAUUGGUUGUGAGUUUUGUGUCUAGAGUUUUGAAAAAUGACGUCAAGGUUCUGAAAUUAGUGCCAAAGUGAUUGUAAAAAACUGUAAGUGUUUUUUCGGGCCGCCUAAAUCCAACAGUGUAAAAAUUACUUUCUGUGUUAAUUUAAACGACUAAAACCAGAUAUAAAUUAUGUAGAAAACACAAUGUACCUACACUACCAGUCAAAGGUUUGGACACACCUACUCAUUCCAGGGUUUUUCUUUAUUUUUACUAUUUUCUACAUUGUAGAAUAAUAGUGAAAACAUCAAAACUAUGAAAGAACACACAUGGAAUCAUGUAGUAACCAAAAAAGUGUUAAACAAAUCAAAAUAUAUUUUAUAUUUGAGAUUCUUCAAAUAGCCACCCUUUGCCUUGAUGACAGCUUUGCACACUCUUGGCAUUCUCUCAAAUGGCUUCCUGAGGUAGUCAUCUGGAAUACAUUUCAAUUAACAGGUGUGCCUUCUUAAAAGUUAAUUUGUGGAAUUUCUUUCCUUAAUGCGUUUGAGCCAAUCAGUUGUGUUGUGACAAGGUAGGGGGGUAUACAGAAGAUAGCCCUAUUUGCUAAAAUACCAAGUCUAUAUUAUGGACAAGAACAGCUUAAAAUAAGCAAAAAUAAACAACAGUCCAUCAUUGCUUUAAGACAUGAAGGUCAGUCAAUACGGAACAUUUCAAGAACUUUGAAAGUUUCUUCAAGUGCAGUCGCAAAAACCAUCAAGCGCUAUGAUGAAACUGGCUCUCAUAAGGACCGCGACAGGACUGGAAGACCCAGAGUUAACUCUGCUGCAGAGGAUAAGUUCAUUAGAGUUACCAGCCUCAGAAAUUGCAGCCCAAAUAAAUGUUUCACAGAGUUAAAGUAACAGACACAUCUCAACAUCAACUGUUCAGAGAGGACUGUGUGAAUCAGGCCUUCAUGGUCGAAUUGCUGCAAAGAAACCACUACUAAAGGACACCAAUAAGAAGAAGAGACCUGCUUGGGCCAAGAAACACGAGCAAUGGACAUUAGACCGGUGGAAAUUUGUCCUUUGGUCUGAAGUCCAAGUUGUAGAUUUGGGUUCCAACCGUCAUGUCUUUGUGAGACGCGGUGUGGGGGAACGGAUGAUCUCUGCAUGUAUAUUUCCCACCGUAAAGCAUGGAGUAGGAGGUGUUAUGGUAUGGGGGUGCUUUUGCUGGUGACACUGUCUGUGAUUUAUUUAGAAUUCAAGGCACACUUAACCAGCAUGGCUACCACAGCAUUCUACAGCGAUAUGCCAUCCCAUCUGGUUUGGGCUUAGUGGGACUAUCAUUUGUUUUUCAACAGGACAGUGACCCAACACACCUCCAGGCUGUGUACCUGGCCUCCACAAUCCACCGACCUCAACCCAAUUUAGAUGGUUUGGGAUGAGUCGGACCUCAGAGUGAAGGAAAAGCAGCCAACAAGUGCUCAGCAUAUGUGGGAACUCCUUCAAGACUGUUGGAAAAGCAUUCCAGGUGAAGCUGGUUGAGAUAAUGCCAAGAGUGUGCAAAGCUGUCAUCAAGGCAAAGGGUGGCUAUUUGAAGUUUCUCAAAUAUAAAAUAUACUUUGAUUUGUUUAACACUUUUUUGUUUACUACAUGAUUCCAUAUGUGUUAUUUCAAAGUUUUGAUGCCUUCACCCUUGAAUGAGUAGGUGUGUCCAAACUUUUGACUGGUAAUGUAUAUACUUUUUCAAUAAUAAAUUUUGAGAACUGACAAUCACUAAAAUAAAAUCUAGACAAAAAAACUAUGACUUGACAAUUGAUUUUGUUAUAAUGUUUGAGCACAAGAACACUGCAUUAGCCAUGGCAAAAUGAAUAGAAUAGCAGAAAAUGUGCUUUAAAACUGCAGAAUUUCCUCUCAGCUCCAUGGCAGAAUGUAUAGAAUUUCAGGAAAUUAUCUUAUAAACUGCAAGAUUUCUCUCAGCUGCAUGGAAAACAUUUGUAGAAUUGCAGGAAAUUGGUUUUAAAACGCUCAAAUUCUUUCUGCUGCCAAGAUGGGGGCGUCAAAAAUGUUAUUGCCCAGCUGCACCGAUGAGCUAACCAUGCCCAUUGCCACGCCCCCGGCCACCUCUACCACCUAAGCCCCUUUUUGAUCCAGAAAAAACCCUGAUAUGUUGUUUAGAACAGUCUUAUAGCAGGAUCAUAUCAGGGUUAUAACAGUCUUAUAGCAGGAUCAUAUCAGGGUUAUAACAGUCUUAUAGCAGGAUCAUAUCAGGGUUAUAACAGUAUUAUAGCAGGAUCAUAUCAUGGUUAUAACAGUCUUAUAGCAGGAUCAUAUCAGGGUUAUAACAGUAUUAUAGCAGGAUCAUAUCAUGGUUAUAACAGUCUUAUAGCAGGAUCAUAUCAGGGUUAUAACAGUCUUAUAGCAGGAUCAUAUCAGGGUUAUAACAGUCUUAUAGCAGGAUGAUAUCAGGGUUAUAACAGUAUUAUAGCAGGAUCAUAUCAGGGUUAUAACAGUCUUAUAGCAGGAUCAUAUCAGGGUUAUAACAGUCUUUUAGCAUGAUCAUAUCAGGGUUACAACAGUCUUAUAGCAGGAUCAUAUCAGGGUUAUAACAGUCUUAUAGCAGGAUCAUAUCAGGGUUAUAACAGUCUUAUAGCAUGGAUCGAUAUCAGGGUUAUAACAGUCCUUAUAGCAGGUAUCAUACAGGGUUAUCAAAAGGCCUUAGAGCAGGAUCACUAUCAUGGUUAUAACCGUCUUUAGGCAGGAUCAUAUCAGGGUUCAUACAGUCUUAUAGCAGGAUCAUAUCAGGGUUAUAACAGUCUUAUAGCAGGAUCAUAUCAGGGUUAUAACAGGUGUGGUAUAGCUGUUCUCAGUGCUGUGUCUUGAUAAGUGGAGACAGACAGACACUCCACCAGCAGUCACCUUCACACUCCUCGCCUCCCAGUCCCAACAUACCUCAUCAACUCCAGCUAAUGACUGUUUUAAAAACCAAUCACACUCCCCCAACACGCCUUCCUCCUCCUCUCUUCUCUCCUCUCCAAUCCUGUCCCGUCCAUUUCUUAUGAACAUCUACUUUUCCACCUGUCUCAUACGCUCUCUCUCUCUCUUUCCCUUUCUCAUACUCUCUCUCUCUCAUCCUCUCUCCUCCUCUUCUCUCUCUCUCUCCUCUCUCUCUCUCUCUCUCCUCCCCUCUCUCUCUCUCCUCUCUCACUCAUUCAACCCCAUGGGAUACAACAGCUCAGAAAGUUUUCUCAAGGAUGAGAUCACCUAGUGCAAGGACACUCAGAGGACACAUGGACACUCAUGAAUGCACACACACACACACACACACACACACACACACACACACACACACACACACACACACACACACACACACACACACACACACACACACACACACACACACACACACACACACAUCCGGGUAAGUUCUUGACUGCACAUUUUAUUUAGCAAUAAGGACGAUACACACAGAAACAGCGAUCUUCUCUUCCUCGUCCUCUAGCUCUCACAAACUCAGGAAAUGCUUUUUAUAUCCCAUACAGCUUGGCGCUUUUUGAAUCAAUAGCAUAUGUAAUGUCUUGUUGAAUCAGGGGGUAGGUUUGAGUGUGUGUGUUUGUUUGUGUGUGUGUGUGUGUGUGUGGUUGAAUCAGAGAGAAGGUUGGUACACACAUCCUUCAUCUUUAUAUCUUCUCUAUAACAUAAUUAGAAUCAACAACGGUGGGAUGAGUCACAGCAGCCGCAAGACAGAGACUGAAGUCAGCUUUGAUCUGAGGGGGGCUCUGCUCUACAGAGAAACACAUUGAAACACAACACAUUUAAGGUGUCAAAGAAAAUGAGCUCAAAGUACACUAAAUUUCACUGAAUUAUCAUAAUCUCUGGUAAUGUACUUUUACUGAAGAAUGAACAAAAAUAAAGGAAAUGAUGGGAGGGGAUGAAAGGAGAGGAAUAAAGGAGAGGAGAGGAAAAAGAAAAGAAAGAAAGAAUGGGAGAGAUGAAAGGGAGGAAGGAGAUGGAGAGAAUGAAGGGGAGGAGGGAUUGGACUCAUGCAAGGACGAUGGAUCCGAUUUUCUUCUUCCCUUUUCGGGUCUAGGCGCUUUUCGCCUUCCUUUGCGCGCUCUCUCUUGCGUCUCCUUCCUUCUUCUCGUCGCUUUGCUUCCUUCCCGUUUCUUCUCUCUUUUUCUCUCCUUCCGGUUCUGCUCGAGCUUGCUCUCUCUUACCUGCUCUUCCCUGGCGCACCUGCUCUUUUCUCUCCUUCCCUGGGUCUGAGAGGGAUGGGUUUGUGUGUGGAGGUUUGACUGUUGUGACCGGGAUGGGUUCUGCUCUGUUGUUAGGAGUAGGCAGAAAUCCUCCCCCACCUCUCUCUCGGUCUCUCUUCAUCUCCUCACUCUCCUCUCUCUCUCUCUCUCCCUCUCUCUCUCUCUCUCUCUCCUCUCUCCUCCUCUCUCUCCUCUCUCUCUCUCUCUCUCGUCUGCUCUCUCUCAUCUCCUCUCUAGUUUCUUCUCACAUCCUCACCAGACACUACACACCUGGUUCAGUAAUGUGGUGUGGUGAUUGAGGAGCUCCAGGGAUGACAUUGAGCUCAUAGAACCCAGGAGGAGAUUGACACUCUGUGUGUGUAUGUGUUUGUGUGUGGUGUGUGUGUGUGUGUGUGUGUGUGUGUGUGUGUGUGUGUGUGUGUGUGUGUGUGUGUGUUGUGUGGUGUGUGUGUGUGUUUGGUGUACUUCACAGGUUUGAGGAAUAGGAGCUGAGUGAACAGUUUUCCCGUGGUGCAGCUAAAGCACCCUGCUAAAAUAUCAACGUGCAUGUGUGUGAGCUAAUACGUUAGCAUAUGUAUGAGCUUGUGUGUGUGAACAUCAAACACAGAGGGGUGAUAUGACAGAGAGAUUCAUAGAACCACAUUCAUAGAACCACACAAUCAGUGGUGAGCAGUGUGCAUUUUUGUUAAUCCAAGAAUAGCUGGUUUGUCCAAGAAUAACCUGUUUCUGUUAUUUGUCAGUUAGCUAAUUACUUUGUUGUUGAGAUUGUUGUGAUGGUUGAGAGAGAAACUGCAUACGCAGUUGUGAUGCACUGUGGAUAGCAACAGACUGUCUUCUUCUUCUACUUAUAUCAUGCAAUCACCAUAGAAACACUCCCUUUAGUAAUAUGAGAGUAAUCUACAGAGUAUUAAUACGUGUUGUUGAUAUAGCUCUCCCUCCACCUCUCUUUUCCUCUUACUUCACUCUCUCUCCCUCCCUCUCCCUCUUCCUUCUCCCUCCCACUCCUUCUCCCUCCCUCUUCCUUCUCCCUCCCUCUCCCUCUUCCUUCUCCUCCCUCUCCUUCUCCCUCCCUCUUCCUUCUCCCUCCCUCUCCUUCUCCCUCCCUCUUCCUUCUCCUCCCUCUCCUUCUCCCUCCCUCUCCUUCUCCCUCCCUCUCCUUCUCCCUCCCUCUUCCUUCUCCUCCCUCUCCUUCUCCCUCCCUCUUCCUUUCCUUCUCCUCCCCUCCCUCCUCCCUCUUCCUUCUCCCUCCCUCUCCUUCUCCCUCCCUUCCUUCUCCCUCCCUCUUCUCCUUCUCCCCCUCCCUUUCCCCUUCUCCUCUUUUCCUUCUCCUCUCCCUCUUCUUCUCCUCUCUCUCUCCCUCUGCUUCCCCUCCCUCUCCAUCCUCUGCCCUCUCUACCCUGACUCCUCUCCCCCCCCGUCUCCCCUCUCCCCUCUCUCUCUACUCUCUACCCCUCUCUCUCUCUCUCCCUCGCUAUCUCCCAGGCCCCAGAAUGGCUCGAUGAUCCUGUACAACAGGAAGAAGGUAAAGUACAGGAAGGAUGGCUACUGCUGGAAGAAGAGGAAAGAUGGGAAGACCACCAGAGAGGACCACAUGAAGCUCAAAGUACAGGGAGUUGAGGUGAGUGCACACACACACACGCACACACACACACACUCACACACACACUCAUACAUACAGAUGGAAGACCACUAGAGAAGGCCAUACAAAAGUAGAGAAAUUGGAGGGCAAGGGAGAGAGGGAGGGAUGGAUGGAGGGAGAGAGGGAGGGAGGGAGGGAGAGGGAGAAGGAGGGAGAGAAAGAGAGAGAGAGAGAGAGAGAGAGAGAGAGGGAGGGAGGUGAGAAGAAGAAAAUAAAUGGAAAAAGAGGGAACAGAGUGGGAUGGAUUGACUGGACUGAGCGCUCGCUCCUGCUCUCCCUCUCUCUCUGUGCAUCAAUCUCUAACAUCUCCCCCUAGCUGUUUCUUAUGUUACCAAUAUAACACACACACACACAGUACACACACGCACACACAUGCACACACACACUCUCGAAGGAUAAGUGUGUGUUUGACUUCAGGCCAGAGAUGAUGUCAAUGCCUCCUUCAGCAGGAACAGAGAGGGAUAUCGAUCCAGUCUCAAGGCAAUGUCUGUGUGUAUGUGUGUGUAUGUGUGUGUGUGUGUGUUUGUGUGUGUGUGUGUGUGUCUCCAUGUCCAUGUGUAUGUGUGAGUCACAUGCUACAGCUAUAAAAAUGAUUAUUCAGCAGUAAUAGUACACAAGCGGUGAGCCAGGAAUGUGACAGACAGGCGAGAGAGAAUGAUCAGGAGAGAGGGAGGAAGGAGAGGGAUGGAUAAUAAAAGAGAGGGGAAAGAGGGAGGAUGAAGAAGAGAAACAGCCUGUGGAUAGAUAGACCCUUAAACACAAUGGAAAUGUAUGGAAAUGCACUUUGCCUUUGGCUACAGAGAGAGAGAAGAGAGGUGGAGAGAGAGAAGCAUCAAGGUCAUCACCGCUAUCAUGCCUCAUCCAAUAGAAGCUCUCUCUCUCUCUACUUGUGUGACAUCAUCCUCUGCUGGGGACAGUGUACAUUGCAGGCUUUGUUAAUCUUCAUCCUCCACACCUUUUGAACAUGGUUCACUGUCAUGGCAGUAUGCACUGCCGAACGUGACUGUGUGUGUGUGUGUGUGUGUGUGUGUGUGUGUGUGUGUGUGUGUGUGUGUGUGUGUGUGCGUAUGUGUGGUGUGUGUGCGUGUGUGUGUGCGUGUGUGUGUGUGCGUGUGCGUGUGUGUGUGUGUGUGUGUGUGUGUGUAUAUGUAACUCUAACCAUGUCCUCUCUCUCAGUGUCUGUACGGAUGUUACGUCCACUCCUCCAUCAUCCCUACCUUCCAUCGCAGAUGCUAUUGGCUGCUCCAGGUAAGCCCCUCCCACAUCAGCCAUACAACCACUAUCCUAAUAAAUUGCACUCUUUAUAACCUCAAUGGCUUUAGACUGUUGUGAAACUGGAGCUUGCUAACACUAGGGGCACGUGAAGGUAAUGUAUUUGAAUUGGAUCUGACACUGAUCCAAUGUGCACUUAUCAUGAGUCGACUGUACUCAUCCUGAAUGGAAAGAGAAUGCCCAGAGGCAGCAACAUGGCGGCCAGAUCUUAUGCCUGAAUUGGAAUUAAUAACUGAAAUGUCAACAAAGUUGAGCUCCCAGAAUGAGCCUGGUUGGUUUUGGCAUCUCUGUCUAGAUGUAUUACUGUAACUGACUGACCUAGCCAGACUCCACUGGGCUGGAAGAGUAGAGGCGUACACCCUGGCUGGCUUUUUCAAGGAAAUACCCAGAGUGGGUGAGUCAUUACAACUGAGGGAGUUUAGACUAAUGGCACAGUGACACUCUGACAUACACACUCUGACACACACAUACACACACACACACAUUGCUCUCCCUUUAGUAUAGUAAUAUAUAGUAAUAGAAUAAUAUUUAUAAACUGGGUGGUUCAAGCCCUGAAUGCUGAUUGACUGACAGCCAUGGUAUAUCAGACCGUAUACCACGGGUAUGACAAAACAUUACUGCUCUAAUUAUGUUGGUAACCAGUUUAUAAUAGCAGUAAGGCACCUCUGGGGUUUGUGGUAUGCAGCCAAUAUACCACGGCUAAGGGAUCUAUCCAGGCACUCCGUGUUGCGACUAAGAACACCAUUAACAUAUACCACACCCCCUCUGGCCUUAUUACUUAAACAUGCCAUUUAGCAGACACUUCUAUCCAAAAACGACUUACAGUCAUGCGUGCUUACAUUUUAUGUAUGGGUGGCCCAGCAGGAAUCAAACCCACAACCCUUGACGUUGCAAGCUCCAUGCUCUACCGACUGAGCCACACAGGACCGCGCAUAGGAAUGUUAUUUAUUCAUAGAGAUGUUUGACUCACUCUGCUGCUCAUAUGAGGGACAGACAGAGGGCCCCAUUCAACCUGACACACACACACACACGCGCGCACACACACACACACAGGAACAGGAACAGGAACACACACACACACAUACCUCACCCUGCUGCUCAUGUGAAAGACAGGCAACAUGAUGGGUCUUUAACCAUGCCUGUGCAGGCACACACACACACACACAGACACACACUCAAGGAUGCAUCCAUCCACACACAUGCAUACUCCCUACUCACUCAGCAGGGUUUGAACCUUAACCGUGUGUGUGCUGAAUCUUUCAUACACUCCUAGAGCCAGAGCUGAGUGAGCAGUAGUCAAUUAUUAUGGGGGUUCAAACACACACACACACACACACACACACACACACACACACACACACACACACACACACACACACACACACACACACACACAGCGGGGUUGAGAUGUUUAAACUUUUAUGAGAUGACAGGUGAGAAUCUCUCCUCUGACACGUAAUGCCUGACCUAUUUGACCUCCACUUUCCUUUUCCUUUACUCCCUUGCUUCCUCUCUCCUCCCCCACCUUUCCUUACCUCUCCUCCCCCACCUUUCCUCACCUCCCUUCACCCACCGUCUCCUCUGACCUUCACAUGUACCUCUCCACACUGACUCUCUCUCUCCUGCUCUCUUCUUUCUUUCUCUCUCUCACUCACAUCCUCUCUCAGGGGAACAUCGGUUUCACCAUCUUUAGCAUUGCUGAUAUUUAUAUUCAGUAGUGAAACCCCAGGUUGUCUGGUAUUACGGGGUUGCUGUCUGUGGGGAGUUUGUGUUCAUGCUUUAUGCAAUUUUUUGCUACCAGUGUCAUCUGGCUGAAUGAAUGAUUCACAUUGACAUAAUGAACUAUGCCAAUAAAGAUCAAUUGAAAAUGUGAAUUCCUCUCUCUCCCCUUUUCACCAAUUAUCUUCUCACCUCUAUGUUUCUUUGUCUCACCUCUCUGUACAUUAUCUGAAUUGUGCCCAUAAAGGUUUUCUAAAAAUGUAAUAUGAAUCUCUCCCUCUCUGUGUAGAACCCAGACAUUGUGUUGGUGCACUACCUGAACGUGCCAGCGGUGGACGACAGUGGGAAGCCGUGUGGGCCUGUCCUCUGUUCCAUCAACACAGACAGGAAGGAGUGGGCCAAGUGGAGCAAGGAGGAGCUCAUUGGACAGCUCAAACCCAUGUGUGAGUCACCUUUAACCCCUGACCUCUAACCCCUUGAAAACCGCAUCUCCUCGCCUUGUUCUCCUUUCCCUCUCAUCUUUAGUUGAGGUUUAAGUUCCUGACAUCAGACAGCAGAGUGAAACAGUCCUAACAGACUAGAUAGAACGUGCAAAGAUCCCCAUCCAUCAGGAUAAGGGAACAAUGUCCAUUUUACACAUCACAUAUCUGUAUCUGUCUUCAUCCAAUUUAAUAAACCCUUGAUAACUUAUUUGUUAUUCAGUGACAUUCAGUUAUCUAUAAUAUGAGUUGUCAUGGUGAUAAGAGAUCUGUUAGUGUCGUUCUGAAUCUGCAUCCAAAUCUACAUCACUAUUCCACCCUCCUGUGUCCUCUAAGGCAGUUUGACUUUAGCAGAACACUGCUGCUCAGUGGCCAUCAAAGAGACUGCAGGCUGAGAAUCUGUGUGUGUGUGUGUUUGUGUGUGUGUGUGUGUGUGUGUGUGUGUGUGUGUGUGUGUGUGUGUGUGUGUGUGUGUGUGUGUGUGUGUGUGUGUGUGUGUGUUUGUGUGUAAAGCCUGACCGUCUGUCCUCAGACACAGGGGGGUGAAGAGCGUCUGCCCAAAAUACCCUGCAUGGAUUAUUCAUGAGUGAGAUAGAGCUGUGGUUUGGCCCACAAACCCAGAGGACUGCUUACGCUGGGUACAGCUCUGUCUGUGUUGAGUUGCAUUUUUAUGCACCCAACAGCCUUGGAUUUAAUUGUCAAUCAGUUUCUACUGUUGAUGUGUCUGCUUAAUUAAUCAUUUCUGUUCAGGCAAUGCUGGCCGUUGAGUUUUGAAAUGAACUGACAAUGGACCGAAAUGUUUAAAAAUACAAAUUCUUUAAUCAGUAAUUUCAAGGUUGGUGUGGUUGACAGCAGUCUCUUCACUGUGUCCAGCCCACUAAACAAUCACUAAAACAACUGCUAGAACUAGACAGUCAGGGAGCAUUUAAAGACAAUAUUUUGCGGCUUAUGACGACAAGCCAAUAUACACAAUUUGCAUUGCGGCUCUCCAAAAGAGAAAAUGUGGCCCCCGGCCCUGGGGCAAAAUCAGUCUUUUAUCAAUUCAGUGUGUAGUUCACAUUUUGAACACAUGGUGUCACCCUCACACUGUGUAGCAUUUAGCGCUUCCUCAAGGUCUCGGGGGCAUUCGAGAGAUCUUACUAAGUGUUUAUUGUCAAGUAAACUAGAAGAAGAUAUUCAACUUGAGUGUUAAAACUAAUUUAAUUAUCUGAAAUUGACAGGUGGUUAUGUCCAAACUAUCUGAUCAGUACUGGAUCACAAGUGACAAACAGCUGUCUCUGUAUUCGUGUGCUGUGAAUUGUAAGUUGUAUGUGACAGUUGAUAAACGAUGUAGUGUAUAAUAGUGGUAUAUAUCCAUCUCCGUAUCUCUGUCCUCUCUCUCUCUAUCUCUCUCUGUCUCUAACUCCGUCUCCCUCUCUGUCUUCUCUCUCUCUAUCUCUCUCUGUCUCUAACUCCGUCUCCCUCUCUGUCUUUCUCUCUCUCUAUCUCUCUCUGUCUCUAACUCCGUCUCCCUCUCUGUCUUUCUCUCUCAGGUGCUGGGAGUAGCCUGCACCAGAAGUGCUCCACAGCCAAACACCGCAUCAUCUCUCCCAAAGUAGAAGCAAAGGCAGGAGGAGGGGCUGGGUCAGGGGCUGGGUCAGGGGCUGGGUCAGGAGCUGGGUCAGGGGCUGGGUCAGGGGCUGGGUUCAGGGGCUGGGUCAGGGGCGGGGUCAGGGCUGGUCAGGGGCUGGGUCAGGGGCUGGGUCAGGGGCUGGGUCAGGGGCUGGGUCAGGGGCUGGGUCAGGGGCUGGGUCAGGGCUGGGUCAGGAGCUGGGUCAGGGGCUGGGUCAGGGGCUGGGUCAGGGGCUGGCACUGGGACUGGGACUGGGACUGGGACUGGGACUGGGACUGGGUCAGGGGCUGGGUCAGGGGCUGGGUCAGGGGCUGGGUCAGGGGCUGGGAAAGGGGUAGGGACAGGCGCAGUGUCAGAGGUGCAGAACAGUGAUGUGUCCGAGGGGCAGACAGAGCCCAUUCCUGGAGUGGGGGCUAGGAGCAAAGGGGGGGAUGAGAGGAAGAACGGCAGGCUGCCCAAAUCCUCCCUGCUUCCCCAGAGCAGCAUGGAAGUCUCCUCCACGUCCACCAAUCAGGUGGAGGUUCCUGACACCACACAGAGCUCUCCACUGUCAAUCACCAGCGACAUGACUGCCGACAGUCCCGCCCUCAGCCUGGCCAGCAGCCUAUCACAGAGCUCCGCUGCUGUGUUCAUGUCCGAGGUUGCCACGGUAACAGGGGAUUCUGUGUACACCGCAGAACAUGCCCACCUGAUUGGCUCCACCCAUGGCGCCACCACCGCUGGGAUUCUAGUGGCUGUGGCACCGGACACCCAACGCUUUGCAUUCCCUAGGGGGGUGGGGUUAGGAGAGGAAGGAGGGGUGUUGGUCCUCUCAAACAGUCUGGACUCUGGAGGUUCUGGAGUCAACCUUCCUGAGACCAGCAUGAACUUUGACCCGGACUGCUUCCUGAACAACCCCAAGCAGGGCCAGACAUACGGGGGAGGAGGGGGGAAGGCCGAGGGAGGUAGCUGUAAUGGUGAAGGGGGGCUCCGCUGCUCUCAACAGUCACUAACGGCUAAUGGCUAUGUCUUCAAUGCAGAGCUCGUAAACAACAUCAAGACUGAGGACACGCCCUUGGAGCAGCCGCUGGCCAAUCAGAGCGGAUACACUGGUGAGGGAGCGGGCCUGAGCCCCAGCACCACACUGGAGCAGAUGGACUUCUGCGCUGUGAUGUCAUCAGCCUGCGCUCAGAGUUUAGCACAGCAGAUACAUCAACAAUCCCCUAGUCUCUUCCUGCAGACCUCCCCCCAGAACCCCCUCGACCAGCCCACCCAGCCCCAGCCCCAGAUCAGUGUCUCCGAGACAGGCCAGGAAUCAGGCGAGACCCAGACUUAUCUGGGCCUUCCUACAAUACCACAGACUGACUCUCCAGGCACCAACCGAGACCCUCACACACACCUCCACCAACCCUCCCCAGACCAACAUGGCCACAGUGAGGGAAGUGGGAAAGGGGGUCUGGAGAAGAGCAAAGACCGGCUUAGCAUCAGGGGGUCUGGGAAGGUGGGGAUACCAGAGAAAGAGCCACAGAAGAGUGCUGAGUUACCACUCAAGCCUGUGGAAGAGCAUGAGGCCUACAGAAACAACACUAGUGUUGGGGGAGGUGGAGAGCACUACCUACAGCCAACAAUCAAUAUUGGGGGAGUAGAGGGAGGACAAGAAGGAGGAGGAGAGAACAAUAUUUUCUGUAACGGGGUCAGGGAUGUAGGAGUUAACAGCUCAGUGGUAGACAGUCCUCAAUCUGUAGCUGGAGCAGCCAUGGAGGGGGGGUUGUACAGCUCUACUCUUCCCCAGCCGGGUGUAGGGGAGGCUGGGGGAGCUGAGGGGGCAGGUGGGGGCAUCAGCCUGGAAGGCUUCGAGGCAUCGUUUGGGAACCAGUUCUCUGACCUCAUCAAUGACUUCAUCUCUGUAGAGGGGGGGGGGGGGGGGGUGGUGGUCGGGACAGGGGGCAGUGCCCUUUACACCCCUGCUCUGAUGCCCCAGGAAGGAGUUAGAGAGGGCCAGGGGGCGGGAACAGCUCCCAUUCAGGGUUCAGAGGUGGAGCAGGAAACUCUGGGAUUGCUGCCAGAGACGGGGAGGCUGUUAAGGGUGACUGACUACUCCCCCGAGUGGUCUUACCCAGAGGUGAGUCACUAGUGCCUAACCCUUAACCUCUGACCCCUAACCUCUCAAAGCCCUACUUCCUAUUCCGUAGCUUUUGAAUGGAUAUAUCUAUCACCCAAAGUAACUUAUCUUAUGGACCAACUUAGACAUAGAAAGUAGUGUAUAGAUUAUACUAGUAUACCUGAACUGUCAACAACUGUCCCCUCAAGCAUAUAACUCAUAAGGCCAGCGUGUCUCUCUUUACGUAGUAAGAGUCUGACGUAGAUCCUCUGAGCCAUUAAUGACCUGACACACACACACACACACACACACACACACACACACACACACACACACACACACACACACACACACACACACACACACACACACACACACACUGUAUGUGGCUCAGCUUUGACAUCAGUGCCCAGUGGAAAGGGUGUAAGGUUUAGACUGAGACUAGGGAGACGUUAAGAAAGAGAACAUACAGAAUGGCAUCAUCCCCUUGGACGCUUUGACACACACACACACACACACACACGCACACACACACACACACGCACACACACACACACAGACACACAAAAUCCCUGCAUGUGUGUAAGCCUGUGUCUCUGUGUUUCAGGGUGGGGUGAAGGUGUUAAUAACAGGUCCCUGGCUGGAGGCCAGCAGUGAGUACAGCUGUCUGUUUGACCACAUCAGUGUACCAGCUGCUCUCAUACAGCCAGGAGUACUGCGCUGCUACUGCCCAGGUAACACACACACACACACAUACAUGCAUGCACUCAGCUAUCUACUUUCUCAUGCACACAUUGCUAAUCCCAACCCCUGUGUGUGUGUGUUUGUGUGUGUGUGUGUGUGUGUGUGUGUGUGUGUGUGUGUGUGUGUGUGUGUGUGUGUGUGUGUGUGUGUGUGUGUGUGUGUGUGUGUGUGUGUCUUAGCCCAUGACACAGGUCUGGUGAUGCUGCAGGUUGCUAUGGGUGGCGAUGUGAUAUCUUCCUCUGUAGUGUUUGAGUAUAAAGCUAGAGACUUGCCCACCCUGCCCUCCUCACAACACGACUGGUUGUCCCUGGAUGGUGAGUCACUGUGUGUGUGUGUGUGCAAGCCUGCCUGUCUAUGACAGAUGUUAUGAUGUCUUAUGUAGCUGUGAUGAAGGCUUCAUUAUACAUGUAUACAUAGGGAUGGGGGGGAGUGGGGCUAUGAUAAAGCGUUACCGAAUAAUCUUCUCAGAUGCUAGUACAAAAGGUGAAACAGAGUGUACAGACAAUUUAUUGUUUUAAAUGUAUGAAAAUAUCUCUACAUAUUUGGGUUCCUGCAUUUUGUUUCUGAUCAUGCCUUCCAAUAUGUUUAAUGGGAGAUUCCUCCAUAUUGUCUGGGGCCUGGAUUUGCUAAGGGCUAGGGGCCAUGGAUAUGAGCCAGAAAUAUAUGGACAAGCGGUUGUUUUGGGAACAGAUAACACUUACUCAGAGAGAGAAUGUUGUAGGAGAGUGUCAAAUCAAAUCAAAUUCAAUUUGUCACAUGCAUUGAAUACAACAGGUGUAGACCUUACUGUUAAAUGCUUACUUACGAGCUCUUAACCAACAAUGCAGAGUUUUUUAAAAGUAAGUAAGACACAUUUUCUAAAUAAACUACAGGAAAAAUAGUAACACAAUAACAAUAACAAGGCUAUACAGUGAGGGGAAAAAGUAGUUGAUCCCCUGCUGAUUUUGUAUGUUUGCCCACUGACAAAGAAAUUAUCAGUCUAUAAUUUUAAUAGUAGGUUUAUUUGAACAGUGAGAGACAGAAUAACAACAAAAAAAUCCAGAAAAACACAUGUCAAAAAUGUUAUAAAUUGAUUUGCAUUUUAAUGAGGGAAAUAAGUAUUUGACCCCCUCUCAAUCAGAAAGAUUUCUGGCUCCCAGGUGUCUUUUAUACAGGUAACGAGCUGAGAUUAGGAGCACACUCAAAGGGAGUGCUCCUAAUCUCAGUUUGUUACCUGUAUAAAAGACACCUGUCCACAGAAGCAAUCAAUCAAUCAGAUUCCAAACUCUCCACCAUGGCCAAGACCAAAGAGCUCUCCAAGGAUGUCAGGAACAAGAUUGUAGACCUACACAAGGCUGGAAUGGGCUACAAGACCAUCGCCAAGCAGCUUGGUGAGAAGGUGACAACAGUUGGUGCGAUUAUUCGCAAAUGGAAGAAACACAAAAUAACUGUCAAUCUCCCUCGGCCUGGGGCUCCAUGCAAGAUCUCACCUCGUGGAGUUGCUAUGAUCAUAAGAACGGUGAGGAAUCAGCCCUGAACUACACGGGAGGAUCUUGUCAAUGAUCUCAAGGCAGCUGGGACCAUAGUCACCAAGAAAACAAUUGGUAACACACUACGCCGUGAAGGACUGAAAUCCUGCAGCGCCCGCAAGGUCCCCCUGCUCAAGAAAGCACAUAUACAUGCCCGUCUGAAGUUUGCCAAUGAACAUCUGAAUGGUUCAGAGGAGAACUGGGUGAAAGUGUUUUGGUCAGAUGAGACCAAAUGGAGCUCUUUGGCAUCAACUCAACACGCCGUGUUUGGAGGAGGAGGAAUGCUGCCUAUGACCCCAAGAACACCAUUCCCACCGUCAAACAUGGAGGUGGAAACAUUAUGCUUUGGGGGUGUUUUUCUGCUAAGGGGACAGGACAACUUCACCGCAUCAAAGGGACGAUGGGCGGGGCCAUGUACCGUCAAAUCUUGGGUGAGAACCUCCUUCCCUCAGCCAGGGCAUUGAAAAUGGGUCGUAGACGGCUAUUCCAGCAUGACAAUGACCCAAAACACACGGCCAAGGCAACAAAGGAGUGGCUCAAGAAGAAGCACAUUAAGGUCCUGGAGUGGCCUAGCCAGUCUCCAAACCUUAAUCCCAUAGAAAAUCUGUGGAGGGAGCUGAAGGUUCGAGUUGCCAAACGUCAGCCUCGAAACCUUAAUGACUUGGAGAAGAUCUGCAAAGAGGAGUGGGACAAAAUCCCUCCUGAGAUGUGUGCAAACCUGGUGGCCAACUACAAGAAACGUCUGACCUCUGUGAUUUCCAACAAGGGUUUUGCCACCAAGUACUAAGUCAUGUUUUGCAGAGGGGUCAAAUACUUAUUUCCCUCAUUAAAAUGCAAAUCAAUUUAUAACAUUUUUGACAUGCGCUUUUCUGGAUUUUUUUGUUAUUAUUCUGUCUCUCACUGUUCAAAUAAACCUACCAUUAAAAUUAUAGACUGAUCAUUUCUUUGUCAGUGGGCAAACGUACAAAAUCAGCAGGGGGAUCAAAUACUUUUUUCCCUCACUGUAUACAAGCGGUACUGGUACUGAGUCAAUGUGCAGGGGUAUGAGGUAGUUGAGGUAAUUGAGCUAAUAUGUACAUGUAGGUGGGGGUAACGUGACUAUGCAUAGAUAAUAAACAGAGAGUAGCAGCAGCAUGUGUGAAAAGUGUGAAGGAAUGUGAAUGUAUGUAUGUAUGUGUGUGUGUGUGUGUGUGUGUGUGUGUGUGUGUGUGUGUGUGUGUGUGUGUGUGUGUGUGUGUGUGUGUGUGUGUGUGUUGGAGUGUCAGUGUAGUAUGCGUGGGUGUGUGGUUCGAGUCCAGUAAGUGUACAUUGUGAAACGUUGAGGCCCAUUUCAGCACCACGGACAGCACCACUCAUCUAGAGCCACUAUGGCUGAGAACAUUUGAUAAUUUUCCAAAAGGCCAUACAUUUUACCUGAUGGGACUUGUCCCAUACGUGUCUGAUGGGACUUGUUUACUCAAGGCUGAAUAUGUUUAAUACUGCAGCCUCCAGGGAACCUUUGUGUGGGGAAUAACAUAGCCUGUUUAUAAUGUGAACUGAAAUGAGGUUUUUCUACAUCUGUUGGUCAGAGGCUUAAGGCUCUGGCUUGAUGGGAUUUCUGUGUGUUUUGUUGUUUUUCGCCGUGUACAACAUGAAGACAAAUCUUAACAAUUCUUGAAUGGCAAUAAUAUUUUCUGACUCUAAGAACCUCUAAGGGUUCAAUUGUGUUCAGUGUUUCCAAAAUGUUCCUCUUGCACAAAACAUUCACUCUUGUGAGUGCUUGCAAAAAAUAGUCUGUGCAACAAGGUGCUGUAAUCCUUCCAUGCCUGUAGUUCAGGGGCGUGUGUGUGUUUCACCUCGUUCGCUCCAGUCUAUGUGAUAGAUACGCUAAGUGGCAUGAGAGAGAGAGAGAGAGAGAGAGAGAGAGAGAGAGAGAGAGAGAGGAGAAGAGAGAGAGAGAGGAGAUAGAGAGAGGAGAGAGACGAAGAGAGAUAGAUGAGAGAGAGAGAGAAGAGAGAGAGAGAAGGGGAGAGAACAAAUCGACGUGCGGCAAUGGGUCUACAGAAAGACGCACUGCUGUGGUCCACAUAAAGAGAAUAUUCGCUCAAUGUUUUGAUGCUUUUAUAGUUUUAAUGCAGCUAAAUGUCGACCGUAGUGGGUCUUCGUCAGGUUCCCGCCAGCUAAAUGUCGACCGUAGUGGGUCUUCGUCAGGUUCCGCUCACAUACACAAAGCGGAAUAGGAGAGAUAACCCUUUUAGAGUGCUGGAGCUGGGAUGAAUAGCAGUAAUUUGUGCAUAGCCGCUCCCAGCAUAAUCUCGACCAGACCAGAGAAGGAGAGGCGUAAUAUGGUCGCCCCAUAUUAGGCUGGUUCAGGCAGGUUUCCUUAAACUACCAAAAUUGUAGAAUGCACCAGACAUUAAAUAGCCAUAAUGGUAAAGUAGGCCUACGGCUUUCCCCCAGGAAUAUUUGCAUUGUAGCCUACUCACGCCUCGGAGAAUUCACUCGAACCUCUCCGUUCUGUGCCUUUGUUUGAAAAGCGAUCAGACUAUUCUACUGUGUCUGACUCCUGUGAUUCAGUGUUCUUUCUCCCAUUGAUGAUGACCGAGAAACCCGUAGCGGACCUCCCCGUGGUUAGAUUUAAACAGUGGCGUCUGUUUCCCUGCCGCGAGAGGAGAAUUCACGUCUGCUCUGUUUACGCACCUAUCACGGUUUUAAGGGAGAGAAAUGGCGCGAAAUGGGGAGGGGAGGGUAGACUCUCUCUCUCGACUCUUCCACUUUGUUAUAUUGUGGUUGCAUGGUAGCGAGCGUUGCACACGUCAAACUAAAGAAGACUAUAAAACACGAUAAGGACAAAGAGAGCGUCAGAGAUACACUAUUUGAGGUUUCCGGUUAGUAGCCUUAUCUAUUCUGUUAAAACGAGAUAGAAAAACACAAAAUGGACUUGUAGCUGUUGUCGGUGUUUUGUGCAUUUACCUCAGAAUGGGUGUUUGAGAGAACGAAAGAGGCAGAGAUAUGCUCGGAGGUGGCGCUAUUUAGAGGAUAUAAGUUGAUCCUAUUAUUCACUUUAGCUAUCUGACGAUCUGUGUGGUGUUGAUAGUAGGCUAUAUGUCCAGCCUCUGCAUGCUCGCAUCAUCUCGAAACUCCUUAGUUAUGUGUGUUUACAUUGCUUUUGUCAUUGCCGGUGAUUAAAGCUCAUAGCCAACACAGUCCAGGUCAAACUCCCUCAUCACGAGGCACAGGCAUUUCACCAUUGUAAAAAAACAACAACCGUUUUUAUGCUGGUUACCUUAACAAAUAUAUAACAAUUUAACAAAUCCCAAGUCUGAGAGGCGGGAAUGGGGGCAGAAAGUGGGUCAAAGCUCAGAACAGAACAGAACGGAACAGUUCUGGAGUUCCAACGGUUCCUGGAAAGCAAGCUUUUCUCGAAUUAAACUAUCCGGAGACUGAAAAAAAACAAAAGCAUAAUUGGAACAAGCUGGGCAUCAGCAGUGGUCAUGUCUCUACCGGCAAGGACUGUGUCUGCCUUGGGCCAUUGAUGAGCAGCGUUUGUGAUUGGAUGUGCCCCUGGUGACCUCAGAUGGGAGGAAGUGGAUGUAUGGGGCAGACUGACAGGCUCUGAGUAUGAGGACAGUGACCAUCACACACAUACUAACAUACUGUAUCUGGUGAGCAAAACAAACAUGUUUGGAGACUGAGACACACAAGUCUGUAGAUACACACACGCAGAGAAGAACACACACACACACACACACAGUUGCAGAGUCAAAAAGGGGAGGAUGUGAGUCAGUGUGUAUUUCCUGAUUCCUCUGUGUUUGGUGAGGGACCAGGGCCCCACAUGCAGCAGACUGAUGCAACACACACACAGAUGGGAGAAAUCCAGACAGACCAGCCUAGAGAUAGAACAGACACUUUUCUAAAUUCAAAAUGUUCUUCUGUCCACCCAAUGUGUUGGAAUAACCAGCUGGUAUUGAACCCAAGAUGUCUGGGUGACUACAGACCAUGUUAGCCCACUGAGCCAAAGGCAUUUGUUUGGUAAAGCUAACAACAUGUUGAGUUUGUUUUUCUGUUCAUUCAGAUAAACUCUCUGUCAUGCGUAGCUGGUAGCCUAUGCUCCAUUCUGAUUGGCUGUAGUAGUUGUGUUAAAGGGGAGGAGCUCUUAUGUCACAGUUGUCAUCCCGCCCCCUUCUCCUCCUCCUCCUCCUCCUCCGGAGAGAGAGAGAGAGAGAGAGAGAGAGAGAGAGAGAGAGAGAGAGAGAGAGAGAGAGAGAGAGAAGCAGGAUGGGAUGACAUAAUCUGCACUACAGUCGUGGUCAAAAGUUUUGAGAAUGACACAAGUAUUGGUCUCCACAAAGUUUGCUGCCUCAGUGUUGAUGAUGGCAAUUUGCAUAUACUCCAGAAUGUCAUGAAGAGUGAUCAGAUGAAUUGCAAUUAAUUGCAAAGUCCCUCUUUGCCAUGAAAAUGAACUUCAUCCCCAAAAAACAUUUCCACUGCAUUUCAGCCCUGCCACAAAAGAACCAGCUGCCAUCAUGUCAGUGAUUGUCUCGUUAACACAGGUGAGAGUGUUGACGAGGACAAGGCUGGAGAUCACUCUGUCAUGCUGAUUGAGUCAGAAUAACAGACUGGAAGCUUUAAAAGGAGGGUGGUGCUUGAAAUCAUUGUUCUUCCAUGGUUACCUGCAAGGAAACACGUGCCGUCAUCAUUGCUUUGCACAAAAAGGGCUUCACAGGCAAGGAUAUUGCUGCUAGUAAGAUUGCACCUAAAUCAACCAUUUAUCGGAUCAUCAAGAACUUCAAGGAGAGAGGUUCAAUUGUUGUGAAGAAGGCGUCAGGGUGCCCAAGAAUGUCCAGCAAGCGCCAGGACCGUCUCCUAAAGUUGAUUCAGCUGCGGGAUCGGGGAACCACCAGUGCAGAGCUUGCUCAGGAAUGGCAGCAGGCAGGUGUGAGUGCAUCUGCACGCACAGUGAGGCAAAGACUUUUGGAGGAUGGCCUGGUGUCAAGAAGGGCAGCAAAGAAGCCACUUCUCUCCAGGAAAAACAUCAGGGACAGACUGAUAUUCUGCAAAAUGUACAGGGAUUGGACUGCUGAGGACUGGGGUAGAGUCAUUUUCUCUGAUGAAUCCCCUUUCCGAUUGUUUGGGCCAUCCGGAAAACACCUUGUCCGGAGAAGCCAAGGUGAGCGCUACCAUAAGUCCUGUGUCAUGCCAACAGUAAAGCAUCCUGAGACCAUUCAUGUGUGGGGUUGCUUCUCAGCCAAGGGAGUGGGCUCACUCACAAUUUUGCCUAAGAACACAGCCAUGAAUAAAGAAUGGUACCAACACAUCCUCCGAGAGCAACUUCUCCCAACCAUCCAAGAACAGUUUGGUGACAAACUUUUCCAGCAUGAUGGAGCACCUUGCCAUAAGGCAAAAGUGAUAACUAAGUGGCUCGGGGAACAAAACAUCGACAUUUUGGGUCCAUGGCCAGGAAACUCCCCAGACCUUAAUCCCAUUGAGAACUUGUGGUCAAUCCUCAAGAGGCGGGUGGACAAACAAAAACCCACAACUUCUGACAAACUCCAAGCAUUGAUUAUGCAAGAAUGGGCUGCCAUCAGUCAGGAUGUGGCCCAGAAGUUAAUUGACAGCAUGCCAGGGUGGAUUGCAGAGGUCUUGAAAAAGAAGGGUCAACACUGCAAAUAUUGACUCUUUGCAUAAACUGAAUGUCAUUGUCAAUGAAAGCCUUUGACACUUAUGGAAUACUUGUAAUUAUACUUCAGUGUACCAUAGUAACUAUUGACAUAAAGAUCUAAGAACACUGAGGCAGCAAACUUUGUGGAGACCAAUACUUGGUGUCAUUCUCAAAACUUUUGACCACGACUGUACAGUAACAUUUGAACAAAGAUGCGCGCAAGCAAACACACACACACAAAUGUAUUAUUAUUGCUAAAUACUGCACAAUUUAAACACUUGACCCCCAAUCCCCCCUUCCCCAAAACACAUGUAUAUAUUGGACUAUAAAUUGUGCCUUCCUGUAUUAUACUUAUGCUACAAUGUUUAAUCUAUUCUACUGAGCCAUUUACUUUAUGUUGGUAUUCUUAUCUUUUAUUAUUUCUUAUUGUUGUUGCAUUGUCAAGAAGGAACCUGCAAGUAAACAUUUAGUUGGACGGUGUAUAUCAUGUGUAUCCAGUACAUACAACUAAACACUUGAAACACACACAGUACAAGUACACACUCCUGUUCUCUCUCUCAGAGAUACACACAUUCACUAUCGUUGACAUGCCCCCAGGACUAAAUCAUUUGUUAAGGUUUGUAGUGAGAGAGAUGGAUAUCAUAUUGUUUGGGAAUCUGCUUGAGAUAAUGUCCAGGUUAUGAACAGAGUGAUACACACAGUUAACCUCAUAACCUGUCAUCUCUGCCUGUCCCACUUCUGUCCAAUAACAGUGUGUCCCUCCUGUUUUUCCGUAGAUACCCAGUUCAGGAUGUCCAUUCUGGAGCGUCUGGAGCAGAUGGAACAGAGAAUGGCUGAGAUAACCAAUCACCAUCAGAGCUCCGAAACCACAGCAACCACGGGGGGAGGAGGUGGCACUGACCACCAGUCUCAGGUAACUUAAUUGGUUUAUUGAUUGAUUGAUUGACUGGUUGGUUGGGUUGAUUGAUUGACCCCUGUAACAUCAGUCCCAAAACGGUGUAUUUUUCUCCCUCCCUCUCUCCCUUCCUCCCUCUUUCUCCAGCUCUCCCCAGCCGAGGGUUCGUUUGAGGGCCGUGUGGUAGUAGUGUGUGAGAAGAUGAUGACCCGCCCCUUUUGGGUUUCCCCCAAUCAGCUGAUCCACAGCCGGAGCUCCCGGGGCAUGACCCUCCUGCACCUGGCCGCAGCUCAGGGCUACGCAGGGUUAAUACAGACUCUCAUUCGCUGGCGGUGAGAACACACACACACACACACAGGUAUAUUAAGAUAUGACUCUAACUGUGCUCCUCUGUUCCUCAGCACUAAGCAUGCAGACAGUAUAGAUCUGGAGUUAGAGGUGGACCCUCUCAAUGUCGACCACUUCUCCUGCACCCCACUGGUAAGAGACAGUGUGUGUGUUAUUGUGUUUGUGAUGUGUUUGUGUAUGUUCUGUCUGUGUUCUGUCUGUGUUCGUUUAUUUAAUGCUGUGUGUAUAUGACGUGUUUUGUCUCUGCUCUCUCUCCGUAGAUGUGGGCAUGUGCUCUGGGUCAUACAGAAGCAGCUCUGGUUCUGUACCAGUGGGACUCCAGAGCUUUGGCCAUCCCUGAUUCACUGGGCCGCCUGCCACUCAGUAUUGCACGCUCACGGGGACACACUCAAUUGGCCGAGCUCCUGGAGCAGCUGCAACAGGCUCCUCCUAAUCAGGGUCCGCCCACCGACACCUGGAUGGACAGGUGGAGCAGCGAAUCAGAGCCCAGUGCACAGAGGGAAAGUCCCACCCCCAACUCUAACCCAGGUGAGAGUUGGGUUACUGGAUAGUCAAAGGUUGAAUAUACACUCACCGGCCAGUUUAUUAGAUAUACCCAUCUUGUACCGGGUUGGACCCCCCUUUGCCUCCAGAACAGCCUGAAUUAUUCGGGGCAUUCUACAAGGUGUCGGAAAAACUUUCCACAGGAAUGUUGGUCUAUGCUGACGCGAUGGCAUUACGCAGUUGCUGCAGUUUGGACGGCGGUACAUUCAUGCUGUGAACAGCCCAUUCCAUCUCAUCACAAAUAUGCUCUAUUGGGUUGAGGUCUGGGGACUGAUUAGACUACUCAAGUAAACUGAACUUGCUGUCAUGUUACAGGCAAUGUUUUCCCACUCUUCAAUUGUCCAGUGUUGGUGAUUGCGUGCCCACUGGAAACGCUUCUUCUUGUUUUUAGCUGAUAAGAGUGGAACCCGUUGUGUUGUCUGCUGCAAUAGCCCAUCUGUGACAAGGAUCGACGAGUUGUGCGUUCCGAGAUGCCGUUCUGCACACCACUGUUAUACUGCGCCGUUAUUUGUCUCUUUGUGGCCCACCUGUUAGCUUGCACGAUUCUUGCCAUUCUCCUUCGACCUCCCUCAUCAAUGAGCUGUUUUCAUCCACAGGACUGCCGCUGACUGGAUGUUUUUUGUUUGUCGCACCAUUCUCGAUAAACCCUGAACACUGUCGUGUAUGAAAAGCCCAGCAGGGCGGCCGUUUGAGAUACUGGAUCCGGCGUGCCUGGCAUCGACGAUCAUGCCAUGCUCAAAGUCUCUUAGGUCACUCGUUUUGCCCAUUCUAACAUUCAAUCGAACAGUAACUGAAUGCCUCAAUGCCUGUCUGCCUGAUUAUAUAACAAGCUACGUGACUCACUGUCUGUAGGAGCAAUACAUUUUCAUGAACGGUUUACCUAAUAAACUGUCCGGUGAGUGUACAUUGGGAUAAUCAGUUCUGAGGGCCGCAGUUUCAUCUGUGAUAUCAUGCUCUGUCUCUCCAGACCUGAGGAGAACCAGGACAGAACCCCAGCAGAGCAACCAGAACCAGAGCCUCAGCCAGAGCCAGGGUCAUUGCUGGGCUCACAAGGGCCAACCCCAGCUGCAGGGCCAACACCGGGGGCUACAGGACAACCAGGGAGACCCCCCACCAGCCAAGAGACUCAAACUCAAUUCUGAGGCCCAGCAACGGCCAGCCAACUCCCCAACCCCCCCCCACACUCCCUCUCAUCACCCCAACCCCCUAUGCUCUCAACUACCCAACCUCAGCCCCCUUAACACCCCAAAUCCCCACCUCCCCAGCCCCCCUCUCUCCCACCUGCAGGCCAGGUUAGGGGGGUCAGGGGGUGGCAGUAGGUAUAGCUUGCGGCAGGCUCUUGGGAGGCGGAGUUUGGCCAGGAGGAUUCUGGGAAAGGAGAGACAGGCCAAUCGUCUGCGUCAGAGGGGUGUAUCCAUCAGGGGGGAGGAGUCAGAACUGCUGACCUAUCAGGAGGACAGUGAAGACCUGCAGGUAGGAGGGGCCUAGGCUAGUUUGACCAAUGAAUUAGCUCCACUGAAGUAUCCACUAUUUCUUCACGCAAGCACUUAUUUGUUUGUGUGUGUGUGUGUGUGUGUGUCUGUUGCAGAUGAACAUGAUGAUGCUGGCUGAACACACCAUGGAGGCCACUCCUGACAGGAUCAAACAGGAGGCUUUUGUUGCCACGGACACUGAGACGUCGUCCCCAGAGGCAGAUGGGGUCAGCGGUGAUGUCAGCUGGUUAGCUAGUUACAUUGGUGACGUGGAGCGGUGAGUCCAGAAAGCUCCUUUCUAUAUAUGAUACAGUGAUAUUUUCUCGUAUUGUAGUGUAUAUUAAAGCCUACACUCUCCCUCAUACUGCUUCUGCUGCUUCUCUUUCAGGUUUCUGUACUCCAGGCCCAAGAUGCCCACCCCAAGCCCCAUACCAAGCCCCCUCUCUGGGCCUGAGGAUCAGGAUAGUCCCCUGGCUCCGCAAGGCUUCCCCUGCCCGGCCGACUGGAGCUCCUUCCUGCACUCAUCGCUCAGAGGGGAGGCCCCAGACACCAACCCUGCCCACUUCACACUGACGGAGGCGGAGCAAAGACAACUGUACGAGGCCGCAAGACACGCCCACCACACGCUCAGAAAGUACAAGGUACACUAAAAUCACUGAAAGCACAAAUAAAUACAACAGAGAGGUCAAGUAGAAGAAGACUAUUCUAGGUUACCAGUUCCCCUAGCCAGGUCCCCGGCUCCACAGGUGGAAGGGUGAAUGGGUGGAUGUCUGGAGCAGCAGUGUGUGUGUUUGUGCGAGUCACUCUGCAUAGGGGAGCUUGAGCAGAGCAUGGCCUGGGUAGAAGAAACAACUGCACUGCAUUAUCUCUCUCUUUCUCUCUCUCACUCUCUCUCUCUUAUCCCUCAUAAGGAUAUUGCUGUCUUUACACUGCAUCAACUGUAAGAUCUAGAAUCCAGUGUUGUGAAACUUUGGGGUCAACCAUCUCUGGCUCACAUGCCCACUCCUGGUCUCGCCCCUUGUGGUUGCCAUGCCAACUCACCCCUCCCUCCGUCCGUCCUUCCUCUAGGGCCGGCCAAUCCAAGAGCAACGUAAAGAGACAGUAGCAGUGGUCCAGCGCUGCUAUAAGAAAUACAAACAGGUACAAUAACACUCUCAAUCCCAGAUCAGACCAAUCACAAGAACACACCAGCCCUGCUACUCAUACCACUGACCAAUCAGCACUAUACAGCCCAGCCAUGAGUCAGGACAGCUGGAACACAGCAGCUGACAUACCUUCUACUGUAUGUAGUCAGGUCCACUGUGACUGGAUGUGUCCACAAUGUGGCCUUCAUACUCUUCAUACUCUCUCUCUCCUCUCUCCUCUCUCUCUCUCUCUCUCUCUCUCUCUCUCUCCUCUCUCUCUCUCUCUCUCUCUCUCUCCUCUCUCUCUCUCUCUCUCUCUCUCAAGCUGUCAUGGAUAGCCUUGAAGGUAGUGUGUCAAUCUCUGUCUUUAUUCUAGAACACAUUGUUUGAAUGUACAUUAAGUUUGAACUGUUUCCCUGACCAGUCCAAUGUAAUCUCUGUCAGUAUGCACUUUAUAAGAGGAUGACGCUGGCAGCCAUCCUGAUCCAGAGCCGCUUCCGUAGUUUCCACGAGCAGAGGAAGUUCCAGCAGAGCCGCCGAGCAGCAGUACUGAUCCAGCAAUACUACCGCAGCUACAGACACUCUCUCAGGUACACACACACACAGCACGCGCGCACACACACACACACAGACAAACACACACACACCCUGACUGUGCCGUGUGGUUGUCGUCCUGCAGCAGUCUCCUCACUAAGAGACAGAACCAGGCUGCCCGUAAGAUCCUGAGGUUCCUGCUCCGAUGCCGCCACAGGUACUAAUACACAGAAUCUUCUUCCUGUUCCAGACCAGCAGCUCUCACUACAUCACCAUGAUAGAGAGGACACAAGUGUUGACAAUGUCUGUCCUCUCUAGCAUGGCUGUGUAGUGACAACCCCAUCCCUCCUCCCCCAUACCCAGUGUGUGUGCUAAUAGUUGGUGUUGUUUUGCUGUUUCUGUGAAGCCCCUUGAUGGACCAUAGACCAGUCAAACGGGUAAGUGAGCACCAGCAACUCAGGUUGGGCUUUUCUUACACCCGCUUCAUACUCUCAUUUCUUACUUCUCCUCACACUUCCUCUCUUCUCUCUCCUCUCUCUCUCUCUCUCUCUCUCUCUCUCUCUCUCUCUCUCUCUCUCUCUCUCUCUCUCUCUCUCUCUCUCUCUCUCUCUCUCUCUCUCUCUCUCUCAUAUAUAUAUAUAUUUUCUCUCUCUCCCCAUGGCUGAUGCCUGUUUGCAUGUCAGCUCUCUGAGAGGGAACUCUGGGUCAGUCCAAACCUCAAACAUAAACUCCUCUACCUGUCUCUCUAGUCCCUUUGCUCUCUCUUUCUGAAGAUUGCUGGAUGCUGCUGGUAUUGCUGCAUGACUGACAUAGCGAGGGAGUAGGUCUUGCUGCUUUACUUCCAGGGAGUGGGGCAUGCUUUGAAUGACAUCACAUCCUCUGUGGGAGGGGCUUCUCUCUUGUUUGGCCUGGCAAUAUCCUGCUCUUAUUUUUGGCUUGGUAGUUGUUGAGGGAGGGGGGGGGGGGGGGGGGGGGGUGAGGAACCGCACCGCACCGCACCGCACGUCUUAAAUUCAUGUGAGAACUGUAACCCAGAAAGAGGCUUGUGAAACUAAAGGACUGUUUGUUCUCCCCAGUGCCACCCAUCAGUGUAGUGUGAGUGUGUCUGACUGGGGCUCUUCUCUCCUCCAGGGCAAGAGAGCACAGAAAGGCCAGGGGUCCUGAGAGCCAACCGCCCAGUCCAACACAGAGCCGCAUCAUCAUGUGAGCUCCUCUCCCUUCUUCCCUCUGUCUCACACAGGGGCAACUCUCCAUUCCCCCGUCCUUUCCCUCUCCCCAUCCCUCUCACAAUGGGACUACUUCCCAGUCCACACUCUUCCCUCCCUCUCACAACGGGACUACUUCCCAGUCCACACUCUUCCCUCCCUCUCACAACGGGACUACUUCCCAGUCCACACUCUUCCCUCCCUCUCUCAAUUUCAGACAGAGAAAAACUCUUCCCCAAACAGACUACUAACACUCAAACAGGAGGAUGAGGAGGGAUACAUGGCAACUAUAUCACUAAGACAACACAGGGACAACUCUCCUUUCCUUUCUCUCCUCCCUCUCCUCCCUCUUUCCUCCCUCUCCUCCCGCUCCUCUUUCUCCUCCCUCUCUCCUCCUGUCUCUCCUCCUGUCUCUCCUCCCUCUGUUUCUGAGAGACAAACGCUUCCCAAACAGACAGGGACACAUGGCAACUAUAUCUGGGAGACUGCUCUGAUGAACGUAUGGACCUGGCUCUGGCCACAGCAUCGCUUUACUUUCACCUUCCUCCAGAUCACAGGGAGGAAACUACAUUACCCUCAUGGCAUCUUUGCACUCUUCACAGAUCAAUGGUUUCUUCAAUAGCAAAAAAAGAAGGAUACACCUAUAGAACAUGUUCCAUACGGAGAAUGGGAUGAUUGGUUUUCUGAUAUGGGCAACAUUUGCAUUGACAUGCAUAAUCUAUAUGGGACCUGCUGUAUUUUCUAAAUAAAUGAUACAUUUUAGAAAAGGAAAACAUAAACCAAAUAUCACUCCCAUGUCCUUGUAUGCAUGCACUGUUUUUCACUAGCUCUUCUUCUUCCAUGGCUUGUAUGGCAGUUGACAAAGUCAAUGUGACAUUACCACACUCUGAUUGGCUGGAUAGACCUGUCAACCAGUCACCCAAAAAAGGACUACACUUGAAUGUAAGAAGAACAUUAACCGAUAGAGGUUAUUGACUUGUCUAUGAAGUCAUUCUCUGAGGCAGCAUUUUGCUAGGCUGACGUUGUGAGUCUGUGUUUGUUGAAUGGUAUGCAUGUGUUUGAGCUGUGAGCUCCUGCAUGCUAACCAACCUGCUUAAGUGUUGUUUAUUUUCUAGUUAUGUGUAGUGGUGUCUCACUUCUGUCCUCAUCAACCUAUCCCUGUGUUCAUAAUGUGCUCUAUGUAAGGAAAAUAACCUGGGUUUCCUAUGUGUUUUAUUGAUGUAUUAUUUAUCUAUUUAUUUUGUAUUUUUUGCUUUUGUAAAUGUUUCUUCUUGUUUAACCUGGUUAUGUUCUUUAAUUUCAGUUACAGUAAGAAAAGGGCAUUUUCGAUCAAAUCAGUUUUAUCCCCCUAUUGUGUGGUAAUGUGUGACAUAUUCGGUUCAGGAUGGUUAACUGUCUCUGUCAAUUUGUUCUUAACAUGAACUUUAAAAAGCCACAUAUGGUUUUAAGGAGAGUGUCACAUUGCAUUGCCUUGACUGCUUAUAGACUGUGAGAAGUCCCUACGCUAUACACUAGACCCUGUCUAGGACAUGGGACCCUAGUUAUAUUCACCCUUAUAGAGGGCAGCCCAACACUUAUUUUUGACUAUUGAGCGUCUCUGUACAUAAAAUGACGAGGUAAGGGUAUAAAUGGAGACCCUGGAUCUUUUUCAUAAGAAAAUACUGUAUUUAAGGAUAUAUAUUAUUUUACUUCUGUAACAAUAACGUGAGCAGAUAGAGACCCUGGUAAACAGGACAGUUGUAUUGUUUGUAAAUAAUGUAAAUACUAACCAUGGAUCUAUGUGCAUGAGAAUUAAGACAAAGAAACCGGGCAAGAAAACCAACAUAAAAAUGUUUGUGGCUAUGGACUGUAAGAGGAUUUUAACUACUUCUCUUUAUGAGUGUUUGAUAUACAAUACCAGUCAAAAGUUUGGACACACCUACUCAUUAAAAGUUUUUCUUUAGUUUUACUAUUUUCUACAUUGUAGAUUAUGAAUUAUGAAAUAACACAUAUGGAAUCAUGUAGUAACCAAAAAAGUGUUAAGCAAAUCAAAAUAUAUUUUAUAUUUGAGAUUCUUCAAAGUAGUCACCCUUUGCCUUGAUGACAGCUUUGCACACUCUUGGCAUUCUCUCAACGAGCUUCACCUGGAAUGGUUUUCCAACAGUCUUGAAGGAGUUCCCACAUAUGCUGAGCACUUGUUGGCUGCUUUUCCUUCACUCUGCGGUCCAACUCAUCCCAAAUCAUCUCAAUUGGGUUGAGGUCGGUUGAUUGUGGAGGCCAGGUCAUCUGAUGCAGCACUCCAUCACCCUCCUUCUUGGUCAAAUAACCCUUACACAGCCUGGAGGUGUGUUGGGUCAUUGUCCUGUUGAUAAACAAAUGAUAGUCCCACUAAGCGCAAACCAGAUGGGAUGGCGUAUCACUGCAGAAUGCUGUGGUAGCCAUGCUGGUUAAGUGUGCUUUGAAUUCUAAAUAAAUCACAGUGUCACCAGCAAAGCACCCCCACACCAUCACACCUCCUCCUCCAUGCUUCACGGUGGGAACCAAAUAUGCGGAGAUCAUCCGUUCACCUACUCUGCGUCUCACAAAGACACGGGGUGGACCAAAAAUCUCAAAUUCGGACUAAUCAGACCAAAGGACAGAUUUCCACCGGUCCAAAGUUCAUUGCUCGUGAUUUUUGGCCCAAACAAGUCUCUUCUUCUUAUUGGUGUCCUUUAGUAGUGGUUUCUUUGCAGCAAUUCGACCAUGAAGGCCUGAUUCACGCAGUCUCCUCUGAACAGUUGAUGUUGAGAUGUGUCUGUUACUUGAACUAUGUGAAGCAUUAUUUGGGCUGCAAUUUCCGAGGCUGGUAACUCUAAUGAACUUAUCCUCUGCAGCAGAGGUAACUCUGGGUCUUCCUUUCCUGUAGCGGUCCUCAUGAGAGCCAGCCAUCAUAGCGCUUGAUGGUUUUUGGACUGCACUUGAAGAAACGUUAAAAGUUCUUGACAUUUUCCGGAUUGACUGACCUUCAUGUCUUAAAGUAAUGAUGGACUGUCAUUUCUCUUUGCUUAUUUGAGCUGUUCUUGCCAUAAUAUGGACUUGGACUUUUACCAAAUAGGGCUAUCUUCUGUAUACCACCCAUACCUUGUCACAACAUAACUGAUUGGCUCAAACGCAUUAAGAAGGAAAGACAUUCCACAAAUUAACUUUUAACAAGGCACACCUGUUAAUUUAAAUGCAUUUCAGGGGACUACCUCAUGAAGCUGGUUGAGAGAAUGCCAAGAGUGUGCAAAGCUGUCAUCAAGGCAAAGGGUGGCUACUUUGAACACUUUUUUGGUUACUACAUGGUUCCAUAUGUGUUAUGUCAUUGUUUUGAUGUCUUCACUAUUAUUCUACAAUGUAGAAAAUAGUAAAAAUAAAGAAAAACCCUUGAAUGAGUAGGUGUGUCCAAACUUUUGACUGGUAUUGUAAGUGUUAUUAAAAACAUUUUGUUAAAGCAUGACAUUGAUUAAAUCUUAUGUAAAAAAAAAAAGUAAUAUAAAGAGUAAGGGCAGAAAGCAAAGUUAUCUUUCAAACAAAAUGUAUACACAUCAUGCUUUUGAUUUUGGGCUAGCAAGAAUUAAAUCAUUUUGCCAGUGGUGCCAAUGAUUAUGAAUGCUACUUUGCCUCCCUACCAGGAACCCCAAGCUGUAAGGGUGGAGGACCCUAGGAUUAGGGCCAGGAGUUUUUUCUGACCAUGUGGUCACAUGUUCAGGAAAAACUCUUGGUCCAGGAUGUAAAACGUACAAGUAUUAACUAACACAGUCAUCUCAAGCAACUGAGGGGUGGGAAAGCAAGGACAAUCUAUUUUUCUUCUAAGGUGUACACAGAGUGAUUUCCUGUCAAAUGUGUCAAAACCAAACAAACUAGCGAUGGAUGAUGUUACUGUUUUUGCUCAUAUGGUCCUGUGUGGCUCAGUUGGUAAGAGUGUGAUGCUGGCAAUGCCAAGGUUGUGGGUUCAUAUCCCGCAGCGAUCACAUACUCAAAAUGUAUGCCCUCACUAUACUUUAAGUUGCUUUGGAUAAAAAUGUCUGCUAAGUGGCACAUAAUAUAUUUUUUUAUGCAGUUGCAGCUCUCUGGCAGGAUGAGUGUGCUUUAAGCAUCUAUUAUGCCCUUUAAAAAGAGCAUUUCUUAGCUUCAGACAGAUUUUACACUAUUGAAAUUCUCCAGCCUCUUAAUGUUACUGCCAAUGGUAUGACCCGUGUUACAACAAACCAUUUCCAUCCCUGGAGUGUCUGACAGAGUUGCUUUGACUGAGGAUUAUGAACCGUUUUGUUCAGAAAAUGGUUACUCACACACAGAACGUGCAAGCUAAUAUUAGGAAGCCACUAUACAGUAUGUCUCCAAACGAGUUAACCAAUUCGCACUAUAUUUUCCCAAAUUGUGUGUGAUGAUUAUUCUACACAAAAGAGUGAUGCCCCAGUUUAAUUCUGAACUUUAAUUUGUUCGUGAUUUUUUUUUCUUCCUAUACCUGAGUGUUUCUGCAUAGAAAACACCUUACAAUGUUACAGACUGAUACUCAUGCUGCUUUUGGUCCUCUAAGCAGAUCAUGUAUUCUACUCCUCCUCCCAAGUAGACACCGAGUAAUGGAUCACAGCACACAAUACCAUGGUUCUUGUGGGUUGCCACAUUAUUAAAGAAAAAAACAUGAAAUCAAGUCCAAAGCUCUGAUAUGCCCCCUACAGCAAUUUAUUUGAAAGAAGGACACAUGGACAACGUUUCGAUCCUCAUUGGGAUCUCCACUAAGUUGCCAGAUAAUGCCAUAUCUCUUGCAGGUCAGGUUGAUAUUCAGUAUAUAUAGGCUAAGUUAUGCAUGGCACAUUCACACCCAUUUUGCUGUAUUGGCACUACAUGUAGGUCUAGAGACUGUAAUGUAGAUACCUUGGGAUGAAUGUGGCAGGGUCUUUAGCAGAGAUGUAGAGCACAAAAAACAAGAACUCAACUGCUGUAUGGUCAUUGUCAAGAUAGAAAUAUCUGUGUAUUUUUCUGCAUGGAAAUCGCACAACAUUUCACUUUAUGUCUCAUCUGUUCAAUCCUGGCAGUAAUGUUCUUCCAACUUGAUUACGUAAAAACAUACUUUAUCUUAGCUGGAGCAAACUUUACACAAACAGACAUAGACACGCACAUGACUCACUCAGUUGUCUCACAAUUUCAACUCACACACAUGUACACACACAUCACACACUCUCUCUGUAUUAUUUUUUCUGAGGAGGCAGUAACUCCCUCAGAUUUAAACUCAGGGUUCUAGAAUGGGGAGGGAGGCAUGGAGUAGGCCCUGUGUGUGUGUGUGUGUGUGUGUGUGUGUGUGUGUGUGUGUGUGUGUGUGUGUGUGUGUGUGUGAGUUAAUCAGCCAAUAGUGAUUAGGCCAUACCUCUAUGAUAAGAUGACAGUGAUGAUGACCAGACUGAGGUCUUGUUCACAGGGAGUUGGCCUGAGCUAGGCGCCACACACAUUAUGAUUUCAACUUCCAAACACCUGAUAAUUAAUAUAUAUAUAUAUAUAUAUAUAUAUAUAUAUAUAUACACACAGUACCAGUCAAACUUUUGGACACACCUACUCAUUACAGGGUUUUUCUUUAUUUUUACUAUUUUCUACAUUGUAGAACAAUAGUGAAGACAUCAAAACUAUGAAAUAACACAUAUGGAAUCAUGUAGUAACCAAAAAAGUGUUAAACAAAUCAAAAUAUAUUUUAUAUUUGAGAUUCUUCAAAGUAGCCACCCUUUGCCUUGAUGACAGCUUUGCACACUCUUGGCAUUCUCUCAACCAGCUUCACCUGGAAUGCUUUUCCAACAGUCUUGAAGGAGUUCCCACAUAUGCUGAGCACUUGUUGGCUGCUUUUUCUUCACUCUGCAGUCCAACUCAUCACAAACCAUCUCAAUUGGGUUGAGGUCGGGUGAUUGUGGAGGCCAGGUUAUCUGAUGCAGCACUCCAUUACUCUCCUUCUUGGUCAAAUAGCCCUUACACAGCCUGGAGGUUUGUUGGGUCAUUGUCCUGUUGAAAAACAAAUGAUAGUCUCACUAAGCGCAAACCAGAUGGGAUGGCAUAUUGCUGCGGAAUGCUGUGGUAGCCAUGCUGGGGAAGUGUGCCUUGAAUUCUAAACAAAUCACAGGCAGCAACGCACCCCCACACCAUCACACCUCCUCCUCCAUGCUUCACGGUGGGAACUACACAUGCGGAGAGCAUCCGUUCACCUACUCCGCGUCUCACAAAGACACGGAGGUUGGAACCAAAAAUCUCUAAUUUGGACUCAUCAGCCCAAAGGACAGAUUUCCACCGGUCUAAUGUCUUCUUCUUAUUGGUGUCCUUUAGUAGUGGUUUAUUUGCAGCAAUUCGACCAUGAAGCCCUGAUUCACGCAGUCUCCUCUGAACAGUUGAUGUUGAGAUGUGCCUGUUACUUGAACUUUUAUUUGGGCUGCAAUUUCCGAGGCUGGUAACUCUAAUAAACUUGUCUUCUGCAGCAGAGGUAACUCUGGGUCUUCCUUUCCUGUGGCGGUCCUCAUGAGAACCAGUUUCAUCAUAGCGCUUGGUGGUUUUUGCAACUGCACUUGAAUAAACGUGAUAGGGCUAUCUUCUGUAUACCACCCCUACCUUGUCACAACCCAACUGAUUGGCUCAAACGCAUUAAGAAGGAAAGAAAUUCCACAAAUUAACUUUUAACAAGGCACACCUGUUCAUUUAAAUGCAUUCCGGGUGACUAUCUCAUGAAGCUGGUUGAGAGAAUGCCAAGAGUGUGCAAAGCUGUCAUCAAGGCAAAGGGUGGCUAUUUGAAGAAUGUCAAAUAUAAAAUAUAUUUUGAUUUGUUUAACACUUUUUUGGUUACUGCAUGAUUCCAUAUGUGUUAUUUCAUAGUUGUGAUGUCUUCACUAUUAUUCUACAAUGUAGAAAAUAGUACAAAUAAAGAAAAACCCUUCAAUGAGUAGGUGUGUCCAAACAUUUGACUGGUACUGUAUAUAUAUGAAAGAUUAUUGGAAUCUGUGUGGGUAGCUGGACAGGUAGGAUGACUGACAAUAGUGAAAGUGAACAGGUGUUCACGGGUCAGGUGACUGAGAGGAAUGGAGGAUACUGAGGCAGGAAUUCCUUUAACCACAAAGUGGUAUAUUUACUAGGUAGGUUGUCUGGGGUUGAUUCCUGGACGCACAGAAUGUCUGUAUUAGACAGAGUUGGGGAAGAGAAAGCAGCAAGGUCGGGCAGUGGCGAUUUCCUCCUUUUAAUGAGUUGAGAUCUGUCUGACAUUUCCACUUGACCUAAUUAAAGCGCUCUGGCCCAGCUGCGCAAGUGGCCAUGAAUUAAAGGGCGAUUCCACCAAUUCCAUGGGCCUUUUCUACAGCCACCCCUGAAAUUUGUUAAAUUCCACACUCCUCAAAAGGCUCAUCGCUCCCCGUCCUCUGUCAUCUCGGGGAGAGGAAUUAGCUUGGCAACUGGCCGGAUAUAUGUCCGGUUCUUUACCUGAAUCUCCACUGAUCUAACACAACUGUCAGUCCCAGGCAUGGUCUUGGUUAUAUGGCCCACCAGCCACCAGGCUCGAGGCAGUUGAGGGUCCACUAUCAUUACUACUUGGCCAGUGUCCAGGCUGGCAGUUUCUUUCUGCCAUUUCCCUCUGUGCUGUAGGCUUGGUAGGUAAUCCCGAAUGAAACGGGCCCAGAAAUGGUCAGCCAAGAUUUGGCUGUGUCGCCACCGGCGUCUGCCAACGAGGUUGGUAUCAGCAUACAUGGCUUGAGGAAGUGAGGCAUCUCGGCGCCCCAUCAAGAUCAGAUUCGGUGUAACCGGAUCUGGGUCAGCGAUGUCUGCAGAGAGAUAUCCGAAGGGUUUGGAGUUCAGUAUCCCUUCCAUCUCUAUCAGGACUGUCCGCAAGACAGUUUCAGUGACAGUUUGGUCUCCCAGGACGACUUGUAAGGCCGUCUUCACAGAUUUGAUCUCUCGCUCCCAUGUUCCUCCAAAAUGAGGAGCUCCUGGAGGGUUGAAUUUGAAGGAUAUUUGUUGGUCCAUCAGUUGAUCCUGGAGGGUUGGUUCCAUUGCUUGGAAGUCUUCCUCCAACCGGUUUUCUCCUGCCUUGAAGUUUGUGCCCCUGUCCGCCAGGAUCUCGUCGGGUUUCCCCCGUCGGGAGACAAACCGUCGUAGGGCCAUGAGGAAGGCUUCAGUAUCCAAACUCUCCAGUAGGUCCAGGUGGACACAUCUAGUUGUCAAACACUUGAACAGAAUGCCCCAGCGCUUCUCCGCUCGACGACCUAGCUUGAUCGUAAAGGGCCCAAAGCAAUCUACUCCUGUUGACCAGAAGGGGGGUUUGAGGAAGCGCAAGCGAGCAGGGGGCAAAUCCGCCAUUUUGGGCACAGUUGCUCUGGCCCGCCAUCUCUGACAUUCCAUGCUGGCGUAUUGGGGCUUGCGAAUGGCUCCUCGUCCUCCAAGUAUCCAAUACUUCCGCCUCAUCUCCCCAAAGACCCUCUCUGGCCCUUGGUGGAGAAGCCUCUCAUCAUAACUCUUGAUGAAGAGGCUGGUGAGAGGAUGUCUGGAGUCAAGGAUAAUUGGAUGGAUAGCAUCGGGAUCCAAGACUUCUGCUUGGCGCAGCCUCCCUCUGAUCACUCCGUGUAUUUGGGCAAGAGAGAGAAGACAGCUGUCCUUAGCCACUUCCUUACCGGCUUUCAGAUCUUUUAGCUCCUCAGGGAAGCUGACUGAGUGUGCAGGCUGUAGGAGGAGUGUCUCUGCAGCGAGGGAGGUGGGUAUGGAAGCCACCCCAUCUGAGGUCUGGCUAGUGGCGGCGAUCAGAUCCUGCAGUGUUUGGGAUUGUGCUGGGUCAGGGAGAGCUGUGGUUAGCUCCGAUAUUGUAGCACUGGGCAGACUUCCUUAACUCAUGAGCUUCAGUUGGUUGCAGAGGGGCCGCAGGCACGGGGGCUGUCAGCCAUUCGUUCUCUGGUUGGGACAAGAAUUGUGGUCCCAAGCUCCAGCAAUGGGGUUGAGCCAGUUCCUUAAUAGUUUUACCAUGAGUGAUGUCAUCAGCAGGAUUGUUUAUGUUGUCAACAUACCUCCAGUCAUUGCCUUCCGUUAGGUCUUGGAUUUCCGCAAUGCAAGUUCCGACAAACACCUUAUACCUGCAGGACUCCGACCUGAGCCAGCUCAGUACAGUGGUCGAAUCACUCCAGUAGAUGACCCUUUGGAUUGGCAAGGUGAGCUCGGCUCGCAAGGUGGAGGCCAACUUGGUUCCGGAAAGGGCAGCGCUGAGUUCCAGCCUAGGCAUUGACAACUGCUUCUUGGGUGCGAACCUGGACCUGGCCAUAACAAAGGAGACAUGGGUGUGGCCUGCCUCAUCCUCCACUUGGAGAUAGGAAACCGCUCCAUAAGUCCGCUCUGAAGCGUCACAGAACACAUGAAGUUCCCGGCUUGAUCCCAGUUGGUCAGCACAGGGUGACACAUAACACCUUGGCAUCUGGACUUUAGAGAGCUCUGACAACUCUGUUUCCCAACAGAUCCAUCGUUCCACUAGGUCAGCCGGGUGGAUUGGUUCAUCCCAGUCCCUCUUGGUCUGCCACAGGUCCUGGACUAAGACUUUGGCGCAGGUUGUGUAUGGCAGGAUAUACCCGAGGGGAUCGUAUUGACUGGUCAGGGUCCGAUAGAUGAUGCGCAGAGUGGGGGUUUCGGUGCUCAGGGCUGAGCGGUGCUUGUACCCCAGGGUAUCCGAUAUGCAACUCCAUCUCAGUCCUAGAGUGGGCUCUUGUGGGUUAGCGCCAGACUGCGACAGCCAUAGUUCACUGCUACUUGACCUAGCUUGUGGCGGGAGGUGCUGGACAACCUCCGCUGUGUUGCUCGCCCACUGUCUAACCUCAAAUCCCCCUUUGGACAGGAGAUUCCAGACUUUAUCGAGGAGUGCUUUCGCUUCAGCAGUGGAUGGGACGCUCUGUAAGCAGUUAUCCACAUAGAAGGCAUUCUCCACUGAAUCCCAGACUUCUGGGUCACUGUCUGGGUGCUCCCGGGCGUGUCUCUGCAGAGCGUAUAUGUCACAGCAAGGACUGCACGUGGUGCCAAAUGGGAGUACUUGCCAUUCAUAGAUUGUGGGCUCUGCGUCUCGUUCCAUAUCUCGCUAUAUGAACUGGAGAAGUGUGCUGUUGGAAGGCAGCAGACAAAUCUGAUGAAACAUGGUUUUGAUGUCUCCACUGAUGGCUGUGGAGUGUUGCCGGAACCGGAGAAGGACACCGAGCAAAGAAGGACCUAAGGUUGGGCCGUGGAGCAGACAGUCAUUCAGGCUUUUACCAGCGGCUUCGAAUGAACAGUUGAAGAUAAGUCUGUACUUCCCACUGUGUUGCUGGAUAACAUGGUAAGGGAGAUACCAGGAUUCGCUGAGUGGGUUUCCCGCUUCAUGAGCUGUCACCUUGGUGAAAUAGCCUGCCUUCAAAAGGUUAUGAAUCUCUUGGUUAUGAACUUCAGCAAGCUCAGGAUUCUUCACCAGUCGCCGCUCCGUUCCGCGGAGUAGUGGGAAUACAGCCCGUGUUGUGGUUGCCAGAGGAGGAUGGUUGGGCACCCGUAGCAGUGGGGUUGCGUACCUCUGAAUGCCAUCCAUUUCAGUGGUGGUGGUGUGCUUCUCCAGGAGGUCUAAUGCAUAGGAGUCAUGUUUCGAGCAGGUGACCUCCUGUAGCUUCCGGUUGGAGAAGGUGUCCAUCUUCAAGAGCAUCUCCACAUUCCGAAGGAGGUCAGUGGCUGGACAGCGAGAUGGAGCUGGACUGCUUCUGGUAAACAGGAUUUGCUGUGACUGUACAGCUUGGGUAGAGAGAACUAGAUGGGCUGGACCCUGCACAGCCCAACCCAAGGAUGUAUGGACAGCAACAGGCCCUCCUUCUGGUCCAGCUCGUAUAGGCUCAGUCGGGGUGACGAGGUGUGUUUGGUCAGACCCGAUCAGGAUGAGUGGUGCAACCCUGGCCAUGUUAGGAAGAGGCAGUCCUCUGAGAUGAGGAUAUUACUUCUGUAGAACACUCACCGGGCAGGAGUGCUCUGCGAGAUUCAGGCCAUCUGCCAUGAAGGCAUUAGUGAUGUUGUACGCCACUUCCCUUUGUCCUGAAGGUGAAACGCAGAAGGUCACGGAAGAGCCUUUCACUUGGAUAACAUCAUGUCGCACCGCUCUGAGGUUAAGGAUCUCGGGGGUCCCCUCCAGGUUAAGCUGCCGGGCGGCAGCUGGGAGAAUGAUUGUUCUUUCAGACCAAUCAUCUAGAACGGCGAAUGUAUCCAUGCUCCUCCCUUCGCUUUGCAGAGUGACCUUUACCACCUUCAACAUGACCCUUGGAGACAGGUUCUGCUGGUCGAGGUAGAGCUCCUUUGCGGCUCCUACCAUGAGCAUACUCUGCUCCUUCGCUGCUUGGGGAAUUACAUCAUGCAACACUGUGAGAUGGAUUUCCUUACAGCGAUUGCAGGGUUUCCUCAAUGUGCAGGUCUGGGCUUUAUGGCUACGGGCACACUUGUAGCAUCGCUCGUCUGAAGUUAUCCAGGCCUUCAAUUGGGGUUGAGUGAGCUUUUGUACCCUGGGGCAUGAGCCCAGGAAGUGCCACUUACUAUUGCAAUAGGGGCAGUAAGGAUGGAAUUUGAUGUUCUUGCUUUUGAGAGGGGUCUUCUUUCCGGGUUCCUUCCUUCCGGGUUCCUCCCCGGCUUCACUAUUUAAGUACAUGGUAGUGGGAUUCAGCCUUUUAUGACCCUCCUUGCGUUCAAACUCCUUCCUUACCCCAGAGGCUGGGGCUGAGAUUGUGGCCUGGUGA